CCCCCUUCCUCCCCCUCUCUCUCUCCUUCUCUCUCUCUCAAUCUUCAAAAGUCUCUUUUGACCACCACCAGACCACCAUCACCUUCUUCUCUUCUUCCUCUCAUCUGCUGUAGACUUUCCUCAUAGGAUCUCAUUGUUAUCUCUCUUCUGGGUAUGUGUUAUGGUGGUGAGCUAGUAUUUAUUGAAAUUUUGGAUGGUUUUGAUCUGUGAAAAUCUUUGAGGGAAAACAUGGGGGCGUGCCUCUCCGCCACCAAAGUCAGAAGCUCCAACAGCAACACCACCGCAAACGCCGCAGCCACCAAGAAUACCCGCCCUAGAGGGAGCUCCAAGACUAGCAAUAAGAAUCAGCAGAAGAAGCCGCAGGAGGGAGACAGGAAUCGGUCAAAUCAACAACACAGGAAUCCUCAGCCGCAGAAGGUCAAGGAUAGGGCCAAUGGGAGGAAGGGGACUGGGAUUAUCCCUUGUGGGAAGCGCACCGAUUUUGGGUACGCGAAGGAUUUUGAUGCUCGCUACACCAUCGGCAAGUUGUUGGGCCACGGCCAAUUUGGGUAUACGUAUGUCGCCACCGAUAAGGCUAAUGGGGAUCGAGUUGCGGUUAAGAGAAUUGAGAAGAAUAAGAUGAUUCUUCCUAUUGCUGUUGAAGACGUUAAGCGAGAGGUCAAAAUAUUAGAAGCGCUUACCGGCCAUGAGAAUGUGGUUCAGUUCCAUAAUGCAUUUGAGGAUGAUUCUUAUGUCUAUAUAGUUAUGGAGUUAUGUGAGGGUGGUGAAUUGUUGGAUCGGAUAUUGGCCAAGAAGGAUAGCCGUUAUAGUGAGAAAGAUGCAGCAAAAGUUGUAAGGCAGAUGCUCAAAGUUGCAGCUGAGUGUCAUUUACAUGGUCUGGUACACCGUGACAUGAAACCAGAGAAUUUUCUUUUCAAGUCAACCAAAGAGGACUCGCCUUUGAAGGCCACGGAUUUUGGUCUAUCAGACUUCAUAAAGCCUGGGAAGAAGUUUCAAGAUAUUGUUGGUAGUGCCUACUAUGUUGCUCCUGAAGUAUUGAGACGGAAAUCGGGACCUGAAUCAGAUGUCUGGAGUAUUGGUGUCAUUACCUACAUUUUGCUCUGUGGGAAGCGCCCCUUCUGGGAUAAGACUGAGGAUGGAAUUUUCAAGGAGGUCCUUAAGAACAAGCCUGAUUUUCGCCGCAAACCAUGGCCAACCAUAAGCAAUGGUGCUAAAGAUUUUGUAAAGAAGUUACUAGUGAAAGACCCUCGGGCAAGACUUACUGCUGCUCAGGCCCUAUCACAUCCAUGGGUUAGAGAAGGAGGAGAUGCCUCUGAGAUUCCAAUUGAUAUUUCUGUUCUGUCCAACAUGCGUGAAUUUGUCAAGUACAGUCACUUGAAACAGUUUGCUUUAAGGGCAUUGGCGAGCACGCUUGAUGAUGAGGAACUGGCUGAUCUUAGGGAUCAAUUUGAUGCUAUUGAUGUGGAUAAAAAUGGCUCCAUUAGCCUUGAAGAAAUGAGACAGGCCCUUGCUAAAGAUCUUCCUUGGAAGAUGAAGGAAUCACGAGUUUUAGAGAUUCUUCAAGCAAUUGACAGCAAUACAGAUGGGCUUGUGGAUUUUACCGAGUUUGUUGCAGCCACUCUACACGUGCAUCAAUUGGAGGAACAUGACUCUGAUAAGUGGCAACAGCGGUCACAGGCUGCUUUUGACAAAUUUGAUGUGGAUAGGGAUGGGUUCAUAACCCCAGAGGAACUUAAACUGCACACGGGCUUAAGAGGCUCAAUUGACCCACUGCUAGAGGAAGCUGAUAUUGACAAAGAUGGGAGGAUAAGCUUGGCAGAAUUCCGAAGGCUUCUAAGAACAGCAAGUAUUAGUUCGCGACAAGUACCUAGCUCAUCUGGUUUUCGGAAUCCUCGGAAAAUUUAGAUGUUAGUGGGUUUUUUUAAGGUUGGGAGAGAAGAAAGGGGCGAAUAGAGGUGGGAGAGUGCACUUUUGUGGUUUGUUUUCUCAGAUUUACUUCAUUUGAAAAUUGUAAUCGAUCCUGUAUGUGCCCUUAUCUGCGUCUGUCUUGAUAACAAUCCUGAAGAGCCUGUUUGGAAACUCAAGUAAUCACUGAUGGGAAUCCGCAUGGGCCUCAAGAACACAAAGGGUGUUUAUGAGUUGGUAUGACUUCCACUUCCAUGCAUGUGGCUCCUCGUGGUACCACGAUGGCUUAAAAUGUUUACACUAGUGUACAUCCUUCUUACCGUCAGGGGUUAUUUGCUUGUGCCCUACAAAAUGUUAAACGUGUGACUAAAUAAAUUAUUAAAGAAAAUUUGUUGUAUUAGAAUUCAUUUUAUGUACUUCCA